UGAGGGGGCAGCGCCGCCGCAGGAGGCAGGGAAACCGACUGGCGAUCUGUGGCGGCGGCUGGGCGGCUGGGUGGCAGUUCGCAGCGAGGGCGACGGCUCCGAGGCCGAGUGGCCGUCCGGCGAGGACCGGGGCGCCGUCCUCCGCAUGACCUCACCGUGAUCAACCUUUGUACCUUUUCCCAAUUCAAAGAUGGUGAAGUUAGAUAUUCAGACGUUGGCCCAUCACCUCAAGCAGGAGCGCUUAUAUGUGAGCUCUGAGAAGCAGCUCAUUCAGAGGCUAAACGCAGAUGUACUGAAGACAGCUGAAAAGCUGUAUCGAACAGCGUGGAUUGCAAAGCAGCAGAGGAUUAAUUUGGAUCGUCUUAUUAUAACCAGUGCUGAAGCUUCCCCUGCUGAGUGUUGCCAGCAUGCCAAAAUUUUGGAAGAUACACAGUUUGUUGAUGGAUAUAAGCAACUGGGAUUUCAGGAAACAGCUUAUGGAGAAUUCCUGAGUCGGUUAAGAGAAAAUCCACGUCUUAUUGCCUCCUCUUUGGUUGCUGGAGAAAAACUCAAUCAGGAGAACACACAAAGUGUUAUCUACACUGUCUUUACCUCCUUGUAUGGCAACUGUAUUAUGCAAGAAGAUGAAAGCUACCUCCUUCAGGUUUUACGAUACUUGAUUGAAUUUGAACUUAAAGAAAGUGACAACCCCAGGCGCCUUUUGAGGAGAGGAACUUGUGCCUUCAGCAUCUUAUUUAAACUUUUUUCUGAAGGACUGUUUUCUGCCAAACUUUUCCUUACGGCUACUUUACAUGAGCCAAUCAUGCAGCUCCUUGUAGAAGAUGAAGACCACCUGGAAACAGAUCCAAACAAGCUCAUUGAGAGAUUCUCUCCAGCUCAGCAGGAGAAACUCUUUGGAGAGAAAGGCUCAGAUAGAUUUAGGCAAAAGGUUCAAGAAAUGGUAGAUUCCAAUGAGGCUAAACUAGUGGCUUUGGUGAACAAAUUUAUUGGUUAUCUUAAACAGAAUACGUACUGCUUUCCACAUAGUUUGAGGUGGAUUGUGUCACAGAUGUACAAAACUCUUUCUUGUGUAGACAGAUUGGAGGUUGGGGAGGUCAGAGCAAUGUGUACCGAUCUUCUGUUGGCUUGCUUCAUUUGUCCCGCAGUUGUCAAUCCAGAGCAGUAUGGAAUAAUAUCUGAUGCUCCUAUUAAUGAGGUGGCAAGAUUUAACCUGAUGCAGGUUGGCCGCCUUUUGCAACAGUUAGCAAUGACUGGCACUGAAGAAGGGGAUCCCCGGACCAAAAAUAGCCUUGGAAAAUUUGACAAAGGCUGUGUUGCUGCUUUCCUUGAUGUUGUAAUUGGAGGCCGUGCAGUGGAGACUCCGCCAAUGUCCUCUGUUAAUCUUCUGGAAGGCUUGAGCAGAACUGUGGUGUAUAUAAGCUAUAGUCAGCUUAUUACUCUGGUAAAUUUUAUGAAGAGUGUAAUGUCUGGAGAUCAACUGAAAGAAGAUAGAUUGGCUCUUGACAAUUUGUUGGCAAACCUGCCCCAGGCUAAGCCAGGGAAGAGCAGCAGCUUAGACAUGACUCCCUACAGCACUCCUCAGAUGUCUCCAGCAACCACUCCAGCCAACAAAAAGAACCGGCUACCUAUAGGACAACAGUUAGCGGCCAUCACUGCCUGGGAUUCUUCAGCCGCCAAUCUUACUGCUCAUAUUCCUCUAGUAACCCCAUUUGCAACUCGGAGCAGAAGCCGAAGUAAUAUGCUAAUGGACCUACAUAUGGACCAUGAAGGGUCAUCUCAAGAAACCAUCCAGGAGGUACAGCCAGAAGAGGUGCUGGUCAUUUCCUUAGGGACAGGUCCUCAGCUUACUCCAGGGAUGAUGUCAGAAAAUGAGGUUCUAAACAUGCAGCUUUCGGAUGGAGGACAAGGAGAUGUCCCUGUUGAUGAAAACAAACUCCACGGUAAACCUGAUAAAACCUUGCGCUUUUCCCUCUGCAGUGAUAAUCUGGAAGGCAUAUCUGAAGGUCCUUCCAAUCGUUCCAAUUCAGUGUCUUCUCUCGACCUGGAAGGAGAGUCUGUAUCUGAACUUGGGGCAGGCCCUUCUGGGAGUAAUGGAGUUGAAGCACUGCAGCUGUUGGAACACGAGCAAGCUACAACACAAGAUAAUCUUGAUGAUAAACUGCGGAAGUUUGAGAUUCGUGACAUGAUGGGACUAACAGAUGACAGGGACAUAUCUGAGACGGUGAGUGAGACCUGGAGCACCGAUGUCCUGGGAAGUGACUUUGACCCGAAUGUUGAUGAGGAUCGUCUGCAAGAGAUUGCAGGGGCAGCAGCAGAGAACGUGUUGGGCAGUUUGCUGUGCCUUCCAGGUUCAGGGUCAGUUCUCCUUGACCCUUGCACUGGCUCUACCAUAUCGGAGACCACAAGUGAAGCUUGGAGCGUAGAGGUAUUGCCAAGUGACUCAGAGGCUCCAGAUUUAAAGCAGGAAGAGCGCCUCCAAGAGCUGGAGAGCUGUUCUGGACUGGGCAGUACGUCUGAUGAUACGGAUGUCAGGGAGGUCAGUUCCCGCCCCAGCACACCAGGCCUCAGUGUUGUGUCCGGUAUAAGUGCUACAUCAGAGGAUAUUCCCAAUAAGAUUGAAGACCUGAGAUCUGAGUGCAGCUCUGAUUUUGGGGGUAAAGAUUCUGUAACUAGUCCAGAUAUGGAUGAUAUAGCCCAUGGCGCUCACCAGCUGACCUCCCCUCCCUCUCAGUCAGAGACUCUGCUUGCCAUGUUUGAUCCACUGUCCUCACAUGAAGGGGCCUCUGCUGUGGUAAGGCCGAAGGUUCACUAUGCUCGGCCCUCACAUCCACCUCCGGAUCCUCCAAUCCUGGAAGGUGCAGUGGGAGGAAAUGAAGCCAGGUUGCCCAACUUUGCUUCUCACGUUUUAACUGCAGCUGAAAUGGAGGCAUUCAAGCAGAGGCACUCUUACCCUGAGAGACUGGUUCGAAGCAGAAGCUCUGAUAUAGUAUCUUCUGUGCGGCGGCCCAUGAGUGACCCCAGCUGGAACCGACGUCCAGGGAAUGAAGAACUUCCUCCAGCUGCAGCAGCCACUGGUGCUACUUGUUUGGUGGCUGCACCUCAUUCUUCCUCUUCGUCUCCGAGUAAGGACUCUUCAAGAGGAGAGACUGACGAGCGCAAGGACAGUGACGAUGAGAGGUCAGACAGGAGCAGGCCUUGGUGGAGAAAGCGCUUUGUUUCAGCUAUGCCUAAAGACGAGCCCAGCCCUAGGCUCAGUGCUCAAGCUCAGGUUGCUGAAGAUAUUCUGGACAAAUACCGGAAUGCCAUUAAACGGACCAGCCCCAGUGAAGGAGCAAUGGCAAAUGAUGAGAGUGCAGAGGUUAUGGGUGAUGGUGAAAGUGCUCAUGAUUCUCCUCGGGAGGAAGCACUGCAGAACAUCUCAGCUGACGAUCUCCCAGACUCUGCCAGCCAAGCAGCCCACCCUCAGGAUUCUGCUUUCUCCUACAGAGAUGUAAAAAAGAAGCUGAGGCUCGCACUUUGCUCUGCAGACUCUGUGGCCUUCCCAGUGCUAACUCAUUCAACAAGGAAUGGAUUGCCAGACCAUACAGACCCAGAAGACAAUGAAAUUGUAUGCUUCUUAAAAGUUCAAAUAGCUGAGGCAAUUAAUUUACAAGAUAAGAGCUUAAUGGCCCAACUUCAAGAAACAAUGCGCUGUGUGAGCCGCUUUGACAACAGGACUUGUAGGAAGUUGCUGGCAUCCAUUGCUGAAGACUACAGAAAAAGAGCUCCGUAUAUUGCUUAUCUCACUCGCUGUCGACAAGGACUGCAGACCACACAGGCUCACUUGGAAAGGCUCUUGCAAAGAGUUUUGCGGGACAAAGAGGUGGCCAAUAGGUACUUUACCACUGUCUGUGUGCGGUUACUGCUUGAGAGCAAAGAAAAGAAGAUCAGGGAGUUCAUUCAAGACUUUCAGAAACUUACUGCUGCUGAUGAUAAAACGGCUCAAGUGGAGGAUUUUCUACAGUUCCUGUACGGUGCGAUGGCUCAGGAUGUCAUAUGGCAGAAUGCCAGUGAGGAGCAGCUGCAGGAUGCCCAGCUGGCCAUCGAGCGGAGUGUGAUGAAUCGGAUCUUCAAGCUUGCUUUCUACCCUAACCAGGACGGGGACAUCCUUCGUGACCAGGUUCUGCAUGAACAUAUCCAGAGAUUAUCUAAAGUAGUGACUGCAAACCACAGAGCCCUGCAGAUCCCUGAGGUUUAUCUUCGUGAGGCACCGUGGCCAUCUGCACAGUCAGAAAUCAGGACAAUAAGUGCUUACAAAACCCCCCGGGACAAAGUACAGUGUAUCCUGAGAAUGUGCUCCACCAUCAUGAACCUCCUAAGCCUGGCCAAUGAGGACUCUGUCCCCGGGGCAGAUGACUUUGUUCCUGUGUUGGUGUUUGUGUUGAUAAAAGCAAACCCACCCUGCCUGCUGUCCACUGUGCAGUACAUCAGCAGCUUCUACGCCAACUGUCUGUCUGGAGAGGAGUCCUAUUGGUGGAUGCAGUUCACAGCAGCUGUGGAGUUUAUUAAAACCAUCGAUGACAGAAAGUGACCAAGACCAGGACCACCAAGGCAGCAGACUGUAGCCAGGAAACAGAUCUCUAAGAACGUGUAGCAGCUUCCUUGAAAGCUGAAUAUUGUUUUGUCUAAUACUGUACAGCUUCCAGACGUUUCCACAUGGCUCGUCCUAAGCAGAUUAACAAGCUAACAUGCAGGUCCUCGCUCCUUUCGGCCUUUCUGAGUUGCAUAUUUUAUUUCCUGUCCCCAAAUAGAGAGUAGUACUGCAAAAGGGACCAUGUUUUUCAGGUGUUUUAAAUUUUUAAACCAGAACAGAAUCUUUUAGGAAACGUCUAGAUCUUUGUUCAUGAAUUCCCUGUUUGUCCUUUUAAUUUUUAGAAAAACAGUGUGCCUCUUCCAAGUCGCUAUGUGAGCAUUAGUCGUGAGGCACCUGCCCUGAGGGUCUCAGGAGAUCGCUGCGGCCUCCCUACAUACACUCUCCUAAGGAAGAGCUAAGAAGGAAAUGUAAAUCUAAUAUAUAUUUAUAUUUGAUGUACUCUGGGCAUCUUCAGACUCUAAUAAACAAGGACAGUUGCUGAGAGUAGGCUGUGACAUUCCCUCUUGUGAAAUGGUUUCCUUGACAAAAUUUAAGCUGAGCUUAAAAGCAAAAGUGGAAAUAUUUAUUAGUGUGGAAUACAGUUUAUCACUCUCCAUGUGUGGAGUCUGAUGGGGAAGUCAUGUAGGCGUGUACCACCGUGGACAUGUGUUGAGCCUGCGCACUGGGGCAGACUCCACCCUGCGUUACAUGGAUGAGCAGUACGUGUCGUGGCAGGCGUGCACGCGCGCCCUUUCUUCGCACCUGCGCACAUAGUGGAAGCCACGGAGGGCUCCUUACUGAGUCUCAGCUGUCAUCUGUUCACAUUGAGUGCACAGACCAGGAGUUCAGUGAAUGUCAUUUUUUUAAACUAAUUUGUAUGCUCUGCUCUACUGAUCCAGGUUUUACUAGUGUUAAACUAUUUUGAUCAACCACACUGUUCUUAUGGAAAAAUCUAUUUUGGCAGUUUCUGUGCCUUUAUUGCCCUCUUCCGAAAAAAGAAAAAGUGUCUCUGUAGUUUGGUUUGCGUUGUACAUCAGUAAUUAAUCAGGAAUGGGCUUUGGUGCCUGAGAAGCUGGCCCAGGAGGCACACCAGAGCUUCAAGCACAAGUCUUGUACAUAGGCCAUCACUGACGGGUUUCACCUUGUAUGUUUCCUAAACCUGUUUAGCUUUUUUGACAAAUGCUGCAAUCCCAUACUUCCAAGUCCCUUAUGGUGACAGCAAUACAGGCAUCUUCUAAGGGACCUGUGACAACCAGCCAUGAGCAGACGGGUAACAGCGUCUGCUCCCUCUGAGAACUCGGCCACACCGUGCCAAAAGAAGCUGGGUUUUCGUCAUAUUUUCACAGCUUCCUUCCCUUCCAGAUCUCAAGACAGGAAUUUACGUAGGAGUGUGAGGUGUGGUUUCUGCCUUUUAGGGAGAGAUCAAAACUAAACUAAUAUCACAAAUACCCGUUCAGAUGUUGGAUCAGGAAAUCUCUGUCUUCAUGGGCUGUUGUUGUCCACCUUGCCUUGGGGUUAGAAGUCACAUCCCUUCCUGAGUACACUGCAAGCCAAACUGACACAGUUCUGCAGCUAGAAGGGAGUCUAACAUCUACUUCAGCACUGAUUCAAUAAAUGUUAAGUCCACAGAAGAUUUUGAAUAGUUGGAAUUCAUUGUUAUGGGACUUAACUUGUAAAUCAAUGAGAUCUCUCUCUCUCUCUCUCUCUCUCUCUCUUUCUCUUUCUCUCUCUGUAACGGUAGCUAAAUAUAUUCCAUGUUAUCACUGUGGAAAUAAAUAUGAAGAUGUGGACGUU